GUUAGUCUUCUUGAAGGACUACUGGCGUGCCAACACCACAAGUUCGCCACAGGAGGGAGAGGUGCUCACAAAGCUCAGACAGGCUGGUGUUCAGUACGUGCCGACGCCCUUGUUUGCUAGGCAUGUGCAGAGCGGCGACCGCGGCGACCAGAAGACAUGUACGCAGCAGUUCUUGCCGGAAGAUCCUAGGUCGGGAUGUAGCCUGCUGAGCUCAUCCACUACCGCCUCAUCAUCAAGGAGAUCGGCCGUCCUCUAGAGGAGCAUACGACGCCGUUUCAGCUAACAAGUGCUCUGUAUCAUGCACUGGAAGCCCACGAACAGGCAUGGCUGAUGGAGAAUAUUAUGCACCGUGACGUGAGCGAGCGGAACAUCCUUCUUUUCAGCUAUCGCACUAUAAAGGGAAAAAUCCGCGUCAUUGGCCUCCUGAUUGACUGGGAUCUAUGCAAGCACAAGGAUUACCUCGAUACGGCAAUGAGUCCCGGCCGCUCGGGUACGUGGCCAUUCAUGUCCGCCAGGCUCCUGCGCGAUCCUGGGAAAAUGCACGAAGUAGCAGAUGAUCUGGAAUCGAUCGUCCAUAUCCUUCGGUUGACGUGCCUUCGCUUCUACAAGCACAACAUGUCGGAUGUGCCCGAUGAGCUGAGGUCGCAUGUUAUCCAAGUGUACGAAGCGCAGGAAAUCGUAAACGGAAAAGCAGUUGGCGGUGCUGAGAAGCACAAUCACAUGCUCCAGGGCUAUCUCGGAGCCAUACUCGUAGACUCGGAGACCCCUCUGGCGAAGCUUCUGAGUAACCUUGCUGACAUCUGCAAGAAACACUAUCUGGUGGUCGAACCCCCCAAGGCUAAUCCUGCGCAGGCAACCGCUGUGGCGCCGCCGGCCGAUGAAGACGAAAUGGCCACAGAGCUAGAGACGAUUGCAAGUCAUAGGUCACGGUGGCCACUCCAGGACACCGGAGAGACUCGUCAAGAUCAAGUUGAAGUACCAAAGUCUACCUCGUCGCGCCCUCCUUCCCCUCUCGAUAAUCACGAGGCGAUCAUGCGUGCUUUCUAUGAUGCUCUCAAUACGCGUCCGACAGACAAGUGGAGGUCCCCCGUGAAAUGCUCCGACCAAUUCGCGACCUUCAAGGAUUCACCUCUCAUCCAGUCCACCAUCGAGCGCUCGAGCCAACAAUCGUCCGGCUCGAAACGGAAGCUGGAAAUAGGAUCGGUGGAUCUAGCAAAGCCCGGCCCUUCCAAACGAGCAAAGGCCACGACCACAGGAGGACUUCAGUCGCUACCGGAGGAGGAGCCUGCGGCGGCGGCACAGGACAAGGAGGUGGACUGAUCUGUCUUCGCCACCCCCUCGUAA